UGGCAGACCCUGGUUCUCCUCACCGGGGGCCAUCAGGGGGUCGGGAGGAUCAGCCCUGCCCGGGCUCUGCUGUCCCCAGCCCCCAGAGCCAGCUCUGCUCUGUCCCGCAGUGGUUCGGUGCCCCAAGCCCGUGGUGGAGAGGGGCAGGAUGACCCCACAGACGUUCACCUUUCCCUACGGGCUGCUGCUGCACUUCUCCUGUGAGCAAGGCUUCGGGCUGCGUGGUGCUGCCCAGAGCCAGUGCCAGGCUGAUGGCACCUGGCACCCGCCCCUGCCCACCUGCCAGCCAGUCCUGUGUCCACAGCCACGAGUGCCCUUUGGAAGGCUGAAGAGCCCUUUGGGUGACAGAAGCUGGUACCAGACCAACGAGACUGUCACCUUGGAGUGCCUCCCUGGCUACCAGUUUCCAGAGGAUGGAAUGAUGGAAAAUGCUUGGACAGCCACGUGCUUGCCUGAUGGCAGCUGGACACCACUGCCCAAGUGUAUGAAAGAAGGUGAUGCUGAUGUGUGUCAAGAGGUUCAUUACAUUAAAUCGACCUUUGAUUGCGGUGUGCCUGUAGAAAAAGUGAAAAGUCUGCUGGAAAUACAGAAACUGUUCCUGGAGAUUAAAAAACUAGAGAUGGAACUAGAAAACUGAAAUAAAACUGGAUCCCUGUAACACUCACCUUUCCUUUGGUGAGCUCACAGUUUGUGCAGUCACAGCAUCUCUAAAAAGGCUCUGGGUGAUUUUAUUGUUUAUGUUUGCAUGCCUGGAGCCAGAAAAAUAAUCAGCAGUGCAUGGGAGGCUGCUUUUGCUGUGCUGGAUGCCAGAGCAGGGAGUGGGCUUUGCUCUAACCUACAAGCUUGAUUUGCUCUUUUACUAAUAAGUUGUUUCAUGUUUCAUAUUAGAAAUAAUAGAAAGAAAUUAAAUUUAGCCUUUAAAAAUCACUGUCUUAACUGUGGUAAGCUGAAGCAAAAAGGAGUGAAGUCCAGAAAAGCUGAGAUGAGCCCAGAAUUGGCUCUGAAGGUUCUGCUGCUGCCAUGGUCCAGCUGGGGUUUGGGUACAUUUGCACCCUGCUGGAAACCGUGGUGGCA